CUCAGAGCCCUCCUCCAUGGAGCUGAUGUACAGGGGCAGGAAAUUCUGGAUUUUUAAAAUGUGAUUUCUCUGCUCAAAACAGUGUUUUAUGUACCGCUGUUAUUGAAUAAAUAUUCCCCAAUAUACAAAGAACACGGAGAUAUAUGUUUGAUGUUGUAACAAUUGUUGAUCUUGCUGAUGGACCCGGAUAAAAUCUAUGGCCGAUAUCUGGGAGUAGCGAAAUGGCUACCUGCUGCGUCUUAAGAUGUUACGCUGCAAGAUACAAGUGACUGUGUUUAAAAGUGUGCGUGUUGCAGGCAAGUUGAAAGUGACCGUAGGAUAAGCCAGCCAAGGUUACAGGAAGAUGGACGCACCGUCAACCAGCACGGCGGCCACCACGGCCAACUCCGCCUCCGCCCAGAAGCCCAAGAUUGACCCUUUGCAACUGUUAAAAUGCCUCAGUAUUUUGCUAAAUCCUCGAGGAGGGAUUCGAGGUGAAACCGAGGUUCAGCGUGUUAAAGGAUUGAUGGCAAAGUACUCCAAAAAGCUUGUGAGCAAGUGCAUCUACCUCAACAUUCUGCAGGCAACUGAUUUGCCACUGAUUGACUUAUUUUAUGAAGAGGGUGGCUGGGAGCUGGUCGGCGUGUGGUUGCAGGAAGCAGUAAAUGCCAAAAACUGGCCAUUGGCAACACAAGUGCUGAGCCUUCUGGAGUCAUCACCCAUGACGGUGGCCAGACUUAAGCGGAACACCACUCCCAAGCUUGUGAAGGAGCUCUCCAAGGACUCUAGCAGUCCAGGUGUCCAGGUGGUGGCCAAACAUUUGGUCCUAAAGUGGAUGGAGGUUGUACGUCAAGGUGAUGGUGUGGCUACAGCUGCAGGUGUUGGCCUGGACAGCAGUAUUAACACUUCUGCUGAUGAAGAUAGUGUUGAAACUCCUACACAACAGGCAGAAAUUCCUACUACACAACAGGCAGAAAUUCCUACUACACGACAGGCAGAAAUUCCUGCUACACAACAGGCAGAAAUUCCUAACGAGCAAACAUCAAUGGAUGUUGAUGGUGUAGCAGAGGAAGGUACACACACAGCAACAGCAGAAUCCUCACAGGGAGAGGGUGGUUAUGGUAGCUCCUCUCUUUCAUGCCAAGAUGAAUCUUCAAGUACUUCCACAGAAAGUGACAUUACGCCUGCACCCACCACACCUAUCCGUAUCACCAUUCGCAGUGGGUCACAGGUUCUGGCUAAGGUAUCAUCACAGCGCCUCAGCCAGGACUCGACAGACAGCGAUGACAACAAGCCACUCAGUAUUAUUAAACAGGAAGCAGAGAAAGCCCGUUCAUCGACACCGGUUAGUGGUGGUGCCAUCAGUAACGAAAAUUCAUCCACUACGUCAGUGGGGUCACUGGAGACUGGUGAUGAUACGUCAGGCAAUACUACUGCUGCUGCUGGCUCCUUGGAGGCAGGCAAUGCUGCCUCAGAGAAUAUUGAGAGUACAUCAGGCUCGAAUGUUAAUUCGGUCAUUGUUAACACAUCCGCUGUGACUGUCUCAAGCACAGUGCCAUCAACGGAGUCAACCACCACAACCACUACAACUUCGGCCAUCCAUACUAUAGUUACAUUUACUGGCAGUCUAGCUGCCAACAACCCACCUGUUGCUAAAUCCUUGCCUGCUUCCACUCAAAGCAAUACCACAUCCCCCCUUCCUGAUACCAAAGACCAGGAUUCUCCGGUGACUGAAAAGAAGAGUGACAUGAAUGGUGUGAGUGAUGAUACAAAAGUGGAGUCUGUGACAAGUAAAGGUGCAAAUAAAGUAGAUAGUGGUAAUAAGUCAGAGGGAAAGAGUGAAACGAAGAGUGAAGUGAAAAGUGAAAAAGUAAAGAAAAGUGACUCAAGUAAAGAUAAGGCCAAAGACAAACACAGAGACAAGGACAAAGAGAGAGAGAAAGACAGGAAAUCAAGGGACCAUGAUAGAAAGAAAGACAAAGAUAAGAGCAAAAAUUCUAAAACCAGUGGCAGUAGUAGUAGUAGUAGUAGCAGUAGUAGUAAAUCUGAUAAAGACAGAGUUAAGAGUUCUAAAGACCAUGAUAGAUCUAAAAGUGAUAAACACAGAAGCAGUAGUACCAAAGACAAGGAUAGGAGGGACAAGGAUAGAAGUAAAAGUAGCAGGGAUAAAAGAAGUGGAAGUACAGAUAAAGAUAAGCACAGGGAAAAGGAGAGAGAUAAAGAUAAAGAGCGGCGUGAGGACAAGAAGAAAAAAGAACAGGAGAAUGAAGAUAAAGCUACACUGGAGAAAAUAAAGCCAUUAAGUGCAGAUGGGUUAGCCAAAAUACCCAGGAAACAAGCCCCAGCAAGUUUCCUUGAUGCUUUGGGUUCUGCUGAUGUUGACUUGCAGGAGGCCAAAAAGCCUACUGUCAAGACUUAUAAGUCCCGUGGGUUCCGUAAUACUGGACUGCUGGAUGAACCCACCAAGCUACCUGGAGUGGCAGGAAAGAAGGCAUCCGAGAAGAAGCCAGCAGCAGGGGUAAGCCUUGCUGGUGGAAUGAAGCGCACCUCACCGCUUGAUGAUCUAGCUGCCACCCCCCCUGACAAACGCACGCGCUCCUCUGUUUCAUCGUUGCCGCUGAACGCCGACAAGCCAGGAGGAGUCAAGCUAAUAUCACCUAAAAGACCAUCUCUGUCGGACGAUGGCGGGUUCAUGGCCGCGUUGACGGCUGCGGGCACAGAGACGCGCAAGAAGGUGACUCGCAAGAGGAAGUCGAGUGAGAGUGACCCCAAGGGCGAGGUCAAGGAGGAGGAAGGCGGGUCACCCAGCGCCUCUCCGGCCAAGAUUGAGGACAAGUCUGUUAUUCUCUCUCCAACCAGCGUCAGACCAACUUUCAAUUUUUAUCAAGAGACACUGAAGGACUAUGAUGAUGAAGACGAAGACGCCAAAUCAGAGAAUGAUGUGGCAGAGAAGACAGAAGGCAGCGAAGAGAUGGAAGUGGGAGACACUGAAGCAGCAGAGAAUGAAGACAGUGAUAAACAGAAUGAGAACCAAGAAGAGGAUGUGGAGAUGAAGAAUGAGGGAGCGGAGGAUGACCCCAGAACCAUCAACAUGGAUGUGGAUGAAAGUGAGGCUAAAGACGAGUAUGUCCAACCUGGGGGAGGUGAUGGUGGCGGUGAUGGCUCUGAUGGUGAUGCUGCAGGAAAGGAGGCAGAGAUCCCUCAUGCACCUGCUGUUCCUGCUCCAGCACAGGAAGAUUAUGAGAAGGUAGAGGUAACAUUCUCCUUGCCCAACCCCAGCAUACGCAGCGUCCUUGUCUACCACCGACCUGCUACUCGUAAGAAGAAAGCUGUGAAGUGGAAAACUGAGGAUGAUCUUAAGGAAGUCUUCUACUUUGAGCUGGAUGAGACUGAAAGAGUGAAUGUCAAUUCAAUCAAGUUUAAUGAAUUGAUGGUAAUGGAGAAACAGCGAGAGCGUGAAGCUAUGGGCAAAGGUCGAGCCCUACAUGGAAAUAUGGGGCUCUUAGGUGGAAGUAUUAGCAGUUUUGGUGGGAUGGGAAAUGCAGGAGAUGAACACAUGAUGGGCGGCUUGGGGAUGCAGCACAAUAUGACUAAUGUUCAGGAAUUUAUGAGAUGGUCUCUGCUUCCCGUCAUGCUCACUGGCCAGCCAAACAUCUCCCCUGGCUGCAGAAGUCAAGAGCGGGUCAUCCAGGCAGCCCGAGAAAGCUCCACUAUGGCUGCCUUCUUUCACCCUGCUAUGCUUCCAGACUCUCCUCGUGAGCCAGAUCCAGAGUUGGUGGUCAGAGUAGAGCCCAAAGAAGUUCCAUUGCUUGAUAUUUCAGGCCAAGAUAACAUACAUGAUCAUCGCAAUAAGUUAUGGCCAGAACCUGUCAUAAAUGAACCCAUGAAUUAUGGUUAUGGAGGUAUGGGUGCCAUGGGCAAUAUGGGAGGGAUGUCUGGUGGCAGCAGUGCCGGUGGUGGCUCGCAUUGGGUUAUUGGUGGACCACCAAGUGGCGGAUUUGCUGGAGGUCCUAUGUAUGGAGGGCCAGGUGGACCAGGAGGAUUAAAUGGACCAGGUGGAUAUGGAGGACCUGGACAUGGCAACUUUGGUGGAGAUAUGGGCGGAGGAAUGGACGGCCCAAGUUGGGGUGGUCCAGGACCCGAUUUUCCAAACCCAAAUAUGAUGAUGGGCAGUGGAGGUCCAGGCAUGAUGAUGGGAGCGAGGCCAAACAUGGCUCCUCGUGGUAUGAUGUCUAAUAUGGGAAUGGGAGGGCCAAGAUUCCGAGGACGCGGUGGCUGGGGAGGACCCAGAAGUGGACCACCAGCUUGUAAACAUUUUAUGAAUGGACAUUGCCGACAUGGCAAAAACUGCAAGUUUCUUCAUCUGAAGCAAUAUUAGUCCUAUGACAUGCCUCUACAGGUUCAAGACUGCAAGCUGUUAAAUGCCUAGGCUCAGUAGCCUACCUAAGAUUGUAAAGUCUCAAAAAAGAGGACCAGGAAAUUUAUGUUAAUACUGUAUUUAAUUUUGUUGUUAUGUAUAUAUAUGUGUGAAACAUCAAAAUUGUAAAUAAUGUUGAAUAAAUUAUUCAAGGAACUGCGAGUAUGUACAGUAUAUUAUUUUGUGUAUGAAAUAAAUUUUUGUAUAAUAAAUUGUUUUGGUGUA